CGACAACAUUCAUCACUUCCUCUACAAGCAGAACGAUUCAUCACUUCCCCCACUAAUUUACAUAUUCCCAUCCUCUGCGUCUAAAUUUCUUCUCCAUUCCAAACAAUCGUCUAAAAAAAAGUACUAACAAAAUGAGCAAAGUUUCAUUCCCAGAGCCGCAUCCGAUACUCCCCUCCGCCAAAUCACCACCAGCAGCAGCUUCCCACAACCACCUUCCUCCGCCGCCGCCUUCCGCCGCAACUUCCAGCUGGUUCGACGACGCCUGCAUUCUCGACAUGGACUACUUCGUCAAGACCAUCUCCGGCAUCAAAUCCAAAGGCGUCCGCCCCGACCUCAUCGGCUCCAUCGUCGCUCACUACGCCUCCAAGUGGCUCCCGGAGCUCUCCCUCUCCUCCUCCGCCGACGUCCCCGCCGCCGCCGCCGCCGGCUCGGAAGAGAGCAUGACGGUGCAGUGGAUGAAGAAGCGGUUCUUCGUGGAGACGCUGGUCGGAAUCCUUCCCCCGGAGAGGGACUCCGUGCCGUGCAACUUCCUGCUCCGGCUCCUCCGUACGGCCAACAUGGUGGGAGCCGAGCCGGGGUACCGAGCCGAGCUGGAGGCGAGGGCAGCGUGGCAGCUGGAAACGGCGUCGCUCAAGGAGCUGAUGAUUCCGUCGUUCAGCCACACGUGCGGCACGGUGCUCGACGUGGAGCUGGUGACCCGACUCGUGAAGAUGUUUGUGGGGAUGGAGGAGGCGGCGUCCAAGCCGUCGUCGAGAAGCGGGGUGGGCGCCGCGGCGGCUGCGAAGGUGGCUCGGCUGGUGGAUGCUUACCUGGCGGAGGUGGCCAUGGAUUCGAAUUUGGGGUUGUUGGAGUUUGUGUCUCUUGCCGGGUCGCUGCCUGACCAUGCACGUACCUCCGACGACGGACUCUACCGCGCCAUUGAUACAUACCUCAAGGCACAUCCAGGAGUGUCAAAGCAAGAGAGGAAAAACCUGUGCAGGCUCAUCGACAGCCGAAGGCUCUCCCCUCAAGCAUCCGUCCACGCCGCGCAGAACGAGAGGUUACCGGUUCGAGUCGUGAUCCAGGUGCUCUUCGCGGAGCAGAACAAGAUGAACAGUCGACACAUCGAGUGGAGCGGCUCGUUCAACAACAACGAGUUGAACUCGGUGACGAACAUGACGACCCGAAGUCCCAAACCCGACGGGGAUAAUGUCUCGUCGUCGUCGACUCGAUGCCACUCGAAGCGCGAGGUGAACGCGCAGCAGUCGGAGAUACGGAAGCUCAGGGAAGAUGUGUUGAGGCUGCAGGGCCAGUGCCUUAACAUGGAGAGCCAGAUGGAGAAGAUGGUGGAGAAGAAGAAAGGGAUGAUGUCGUUCAAGUGGAAGAAGCUUGGGUUCUUGACCUCUUUCAAGACCGGUAGUGUGGCCGACAAGAUGAACAAUGUUGUUGAUGUUAAUGAAGAGGAUAGAGAUGUUGUGAUUAGUGGGAGUUUGGGGCGGCAAACGCCCAUGGAUAUGAAGGCUAAGCUUGUGAAGAGGAGGACUCCUCCUAGGUGGAGAAAAUCCAUGUCCUAGUUGGUUCACAUUGGGAUAGAACACAUUACUUAUUGUUGUGCUAGCUACUACCUUAUUGUGUUUUUUUUAUCAUUUUAUUAUUCUUAAUUCAUAUGAUUAGAAAAGCUUGCUUACUGCUGUUCUCCUUCAAUGUAAUUCA